UCGGCUUAUUCCCCGACAGGUUCAGUGCGGGUCCCGACAAACUAGCGCCCUUCUCAAUUGCCUUCUUUUCUUCUUUUUCUUGCCUUGCGACUUUGAGUUCUCAAUAUAUCGCUGCGGAAGUCCCGACUCGUGCAGACACUUGAAUAGUACGCGCACUACAUCGCCGGGUUAAUCAAUAUGGUUUCCUUCUCAUGCGAGGCUUGCGGUGAUGUCCUCACCAAGAAGAAGCUUGAUCCCCAUCGCAACCAAUGUCGCGGCGCCUCCUUCACCUGCAUCGACUGCAUGGUACACUUUUACGGAACUGAGUAUCGGUCGCAUACGUCGUGUAUGAGCGAGGCGCAAAAGUACCAGGGCGCACUCUACAGGGAGAAGCCUACGAAGAACCAACGCAAGGCGCAACAGAACAAUGGCAAGCAGAAUCAGAAGCAAAACAACGCUCAUGGUCACCGCGCCCCCUAUGUCGAAGAUGCGAAUGACACCGACAACCCGCCUGCGGCUCCUACUCCCCCAAUGGCUGAAAACGACAAGUCCCAGGGAGCCUCUACGCAGAACGGAGACAAGCAAAUCAAUGUCUUUGACUACUUGGUGACAGAAAAGACCCCCAACGCGUCCAAGGUCUCUUUGGGCGGAUCUAAAGAGCAGAUGAAGAUGGUCGCCAAUGCUCCCUCCGUCUUCGAGCCCAGCAAAUCUCUGACUCGCGCCGACACCGAUGCGGAGGAAGAGAACAAGAACUACGAUGUCGCCUACGAGGAGAAUGGUUACUCCUACGGAGCUGGGCCCAUCAACCAGUCCGUGUACGACGGCAAAGCUCCGAACGCCUCCAUGGAGUUCAUGACUCCGGCACCAAAGAAAAAGAAGGAUCGUUUGCGCGGCGAGGACAAAGUUAACGGCACGACCAGUGAGAAGAAGCGCAAGCGCCGCACCGAUGAUCACGACAUGGAUGAAGCCGACACACCCAUGUUGGAUGCGCCGUCCAGCGUUUUGAACAACCCGGGCACACCCAUGCUGAAGCACUCAGGUCUGACCGGUGGCCUGGAUCGGAUGCUCCGCUCGCCGUCUCAGGACGGAGAAGAUCACCCUCGUCGGCGUUAUCAGGAUCCCUCGUCACCCAUUAAGCGUUCUCGUCGGGACGACAAGGACAGCAACGGUGAUGGGCUUGGGAUUUCGAUCAAGAACCGCGCUGAACGUCUUGUGUCGUCGAUGUUUGGCGGAUCGUCGGUCUCAGGAAGCAGCGUGAACAGCCGCGAAACCUCCGGCAAGGCUACCCGGGCCAGCCGACGGGGGUCUCCAGACGAGGGUCGUUCCAAGAAGUUGCCCAAGGUUCGCAACGCCUCGAACGGCCAGGCCGAGUCUGAUGUUAGCAAAAGCAAGCGUAAGAGUAGCGCUCAGACGGACGGUGAUCGGCCCUCGCGCCGUCAGAAGCAGAUCGAGCACACCGACUCUCGCCAUAACGAUGACGGCCGUGAAGUGGUGGUUUACCAGCAAAGCAGCGUCCCCGAUGGCUUGCAGCGCCAGAUGGCCACUCACUUCCUCUCAUUGGUGACCAAGGGACCCGAAAGCACGCGUGGGUUCUCUGUGAACAAGGUUUUGAAGCGAUUCCACCGCGAUUUCACGGAUGAAUUCGACGACAGCGACCGUGGACGGGAUCAAGGCCGCAGCCGUGCGGAUCGGGAGCGCAGAGCCGAUGACGAGAAAGAGCUGUGGCGGACUCUGCGCUUGAAGCAGAACGAACGGGGUGAAGUGGUGCUUUUCUUCUGAUUUUGAUGGGUAAUACGAGCAUGGCAUGAGGGGCAAAUGUUUCUUUUUUCUUUCCUUCUGACUUUUAUUGACUGCACUAUGUUUUUCGUGCAUAGCGAUUGUGAUGUGUGGAUGGCUUUCUGAAGAUUCACUUCGAUAUGUAUAUUGUCUUUCAUUGAUUCCCGAUAAUGUUUUGGCUGGCAAUCAGUAGUAUUUCCCCCCUGCAUCAGGUCCUCGGAUCUAGAAUCAGUACGGAGUAGAUUAUGCGGUCCCACUAUGAGUAAUAUGCGAUACAGAAUGACUCGAUGGCGCAGCACCUUCCAGCAUGAGUCACUUGCUGAUGGGCCCCUGCGUACAACCCUAUUAGGUUUAUUCCCUGAAAUCACCCGAUGAAUGCAUAGUAGAUAGUUGAUUAGUAGAG